AUGCAGAGUAUUUCCAGUAUAGUUGUUGGGACACAUGUUUGGGUUGAGGACCCUGAGGUAGCUUGGUUAGAUGGGGAGGUUGUCGAAACGAAGGGCGAUGAGAUUACAAUCAACUGUACAUCAGGGACUAAAGUUGUCGCUAAGGCAUCUAAUGUCUAUCCAAAAGAUACUGAGGCCCCUCUAUGUGGUGUGGAUGAUAUGACAAAGCUCUCUUAUCUGCAUGAACCAGGAGUUCUGUAUAACUUGAAAUGUAGAUAUGAUAGUGAUGAAAUUUAUACUUACACGGGAAACAUAUUGAUUGCUGUGAAUCCUUUCAAAAGAUUACCUGACCUGUAUGCUAAACAUAUCAUGCAAAAGUAUAAAGGAGUUGCACUUGGGGAGUUGAGCCCUCAUCCUUUUGCUAUUGCUGAUUCUGCUUACAGGCAGAUGAUUAAUGAUGAGAUAAGCCAGUCAAUUUUGGUUAGCGGAGAAAGUGGUGCUGGUAAGACAGAAAGCACAAAAAUGCUUAUGAAUUAUCUUGCAUAUAUGGGAGGUAGAUCUGAAAAUGAGGGGCGGAGUGUGGAGCAGCAAGUCCUUGAGUCAAAUCCAGUUCUUGAAGCAUUUGGCAAUGCAAAAACAGUGAGAAACAACAAUUCGAGUCGUUUUGGUAAGUUUGUUGAGAUCCAGUUUGAUAAAAGGGGAAGAAUCUCAGGGGCUGCUAUCAGAACAUAUCUUCUGGAAAGAUCUCGUGUCUGCCAGGUGUCUGACCCUGAAAGAAAUUAUCAUUGCUUCUAUAUGCUUUGUGCUGCACCACCAGAGGAUGUUGAAAAGUACAAAUUGGGAAAUCCUAGGAAAUUCCAUUAUCUGAACCAGUCAAGUUUUUUUGAAUUGGAUGGAGUGGAUGAAUCUAAAGAAUACCUGGCCACCAGGAGAGCCAUGGAAGUAGUAGGGAUCAGUUCUGAUGAGCAGGAUGCAAUUUUUAGAGUUGUAGCUGCAAUACUUCACUUGGGCAACGUUGAGUUUGCAAAGGGAAAGGAGAUUGAUUCUGCAAAACCAAAGGAUGAUGAAUCUCGCUUCCACCUUAAGACUGUAGCUGAACUUUUCAUGUGUAAUGAAAAGUUACUUGAGGACGCAUUGAUUAAACGCAUCAUUGUAACUCGUGAUGAGAAGAUAACAAAAUGUCUGGAUCCUCAAGCUGCUACUACCAGUAGAGAUGCUUUGGCAAAAACAGUCUAUUCUAAACUGUUUGAUUGGUUAGUUGCUGAAAUGUUAGUUUCAGUUGUCUUCUUCAUCAGUAUCAGAGGCAGCUCACUUUUGAUUGUUUUCUUGUUCAGGCUUGUUGAAAAGAUUAACAAUUCUAUUGGCCAAGAUCCUGAUUCUCAGAUGUUGAUUGGGGUUCUGGACAUUUACGGAUUUGAGAGUUUCAAGACAAACAGUUUCGAGCAAUUCUGCAUUAAUCUGACUAAUGAAAAGUUGCAGCAACAUUUCAACCAGCAUGUCUUCAAAAUGGAGCAAGAAGAGUACACCAAAGAGGAAAUUGACUGGAGUUAUAUAGAGUUUGUUGAUAACCAAGAUAUUCUUGAUCUUAUAGAAAAGAAACCUGGUGGAAUUAUUGCUCUCCUGGAUGAGGCCUGCAUGUUCCCAAGGUCAACACAUGAGACUUUUUCUGAAAAGCUCUAUCAGACCUUCAGAGACAAUAAACGCUUCAUCAAGCCAAAGCUAUCACGAACUGACUUCACUAUUGUCCAUUAUGCUGGUGAGGUGACAUACCAAACUGAUUUAUUCUUGGACAAGAACAAAGAUUACGUAGUUGCAGAAUACCAAGAUCUCCUCAGUGCUUCAAGGUGCUCCUUUAUCUCAGGCUUGUUCCCGCCACUGCCUGAAGAAUCUUCUAAAACAUCGAAGUUCUCCUCUAUUGGUACUAGAUUUAAGCAACAAUUGCAAUCAUUGCUUGAAACACUUAAUGCCACCGAGCCUCACUACAUUCGUUGUGUAAAGCCAAAUAAUCUUCUAAAGCCAGCCAUCUUUGAGAAUCAAAAUGUACUUCAACAGCUUCGAUGUGGGGGAGUUAUGGAGGCAAUUAGGAUUAGCUGUGCUGGAUUUCCCACUCGGAGAAUAUUUGAUGAAUUCUUUAAACGUUUUAAUAUUCUUCUUCCUGAAGUUAAGAAGGGCAGCUGUGAUGGGAUCACUGCUUCCAAGAAAGUUUUAGAGAAGGUUGGCCUCAAAGGUUAUCAGAUUGGCAAAACCAAAGUGUUUCUUAGAGCUGGUCAGAUGGCAGAAUUGGAUGCUCACCGUAAUGAGGUCCUUGGAAGAUGUGCAUGCACCGUACAGAGAAAAGUCCGCACCUAUUUUAAGCGCAAAAUGUUUCUUUUGUUGCGAGAUUCAGCCACUAAAAUCCAAGCUAUAUGCAGAGGUCAACUUGCACGCAACUUUUAUGAAUGGAAGAGGAGAGAUAGGGCAUCUUUGAUGAUUGGAAAAUGUACACGUAUGUUCCUUGCAAGGAAAGAUUACAAAUUGCUUUGCUCUUCAGCUGUUUCCAUCCAGACAGUACUGCGUAGGAUGGCUGCUCGUAAUGAGCUUAAUUAUAGAAGAAGAAGAAAAGCAGCUAUUGCUAUCCAGACUCAUUGCCGUGGAUUCCUGGCCCACCUUCAUUAUAGGAGGAUGAAGAAAGCAGCACUUGCUACACAGUGUGCAUGGAGGAUGAAAAUUGCAAAAAGAGAACUGCGCAAACUUAAAAUGGCUGCAAAAGAAGCAGCUGCUUUGCAAGCUGCCCUGGAAAAGCAAGUUGAAGACCUCAGUAUACAAGUGGAGUUCGAGAAGCGCAUGAGGGCUGACAUGGAGGAAGCCAAAACUAAAGAAAAUGUGAAACUACAGUCUUCUUUGGAAGAGAUGCGGCAUCAACUUCAAGAGGCUAAAGAAUUGGUCAUGAAGGAAAGCGAGAAAGUAAAGGAGUUUGCUGAUAAAGAGGAAGCCAAAACUGAAGAAAAUGUGAAACUACAGUCUGCUUUGGAAGCCAAAGGUGAAGAAAAUGUGAAACUACAGUCUGAUUUGGAAGCCAAAGGUGAAGAAAAUGUGAAACUACAGUCUGAUUUGGAAGCCAAAGGUGAAGAAAAUGUGAAACUACAGUCUUCUUUGGAGGAAAUGCGAGUUCAGUUUCAAGAGACUAAAGAAUUGCUCAUGAGGGAACAAGAGAAAACAAAGGAGCUUGCUGACACAGAAGAGGCCAAAACUGAAGAAAAUGUGAAACUACAGUCUUCUUUGGAGGAAAUGCGAGUUCAGUUUCAAGAGACUAAAGAAUUGCUCAUGAGGGAACAAGAGAAAGCAAAGGAGCUUGCUGACACAGAAGAGGCCAAAACUGAAGAAAAUGUGAAACUACAGUCUGCUUUGGAAGAAAUGCGACUUCAGUAUCAAGAGACUAAAGAAUUGCUCAUGAGGGAACAAGAGAAAACAAAGGAGCUUGCUGACACAGAAGAGGCCAAAACUGAAGAAAAUGUGAAACUACAGUCUGCUUUGGAAGAAAUGCGACUUAAGUAUCAAGAGAGUGAAGAGGCUAAAGAGUUACUCAUGAAAGAAUGUGAGAAAGAAAAAGAGAAUGCUGAAAAGGUGUCUGUUGUACAAGAGGUCCCGGUCAUUGAUAAUGAAAUGGUCAACAAGCUUACAGCUGAAAAUGAGCAGCUCAAGGCUUCCGCAGAAGCCAAAACCCAGGAAAAUGCAAAACUACAAUCUUCUUUGGAAGAAACACAGCAUCAGCUCCAGGAGACUAAAGCUUUGCUUUUGACGGAACGUGAGACCAGAAACCGGACUGCUGACGAAAUGCCUGUGGUACAAGAGGUCAAGGUUACUGAUCAUGAAAAGCUCAAUGAGCCUACUGCUCAAAACGAGUUGCUUAAGGUUGACCAGGACGAUGCCAAAACCCAGGAAAAUGUAAAACUACACGCUACUUUGCGUCAGCUCCAACAGGCUACCGAGCUACUCUUGAAGAGGGCACGUGAGCCUGAGAAGAAUGCUGACCAGGUUUCUGCUGUAAACGAGACAGGUGAUCAGAUGCCUGUUCUACAAGACGGCAAAGUUGAUCAUGAAAUUGUCAGUAAGCUUACUGCUGAAAACCUUCAGCUUAAGGCCUUAGUUAGCGAGCUGGAGAAAAAAAAUGAGGAAGCCAACAAACUUAUUGAAGAGCAGUUGAAGCAAAUCGUUGAAGCUGAGUCAAAAAUUAUUGAGGAAAAGACUGAAAAGCAAAGGCUUAAGGAGAAAGUAUCUGAUUUGGAAACUGAAGAACAUAUUAUUCGACAACAAGCAUUGUUGAAUUCACAAUCUAAUAGAAGAAUGUCAGGACGUUUUUCUGUAGCCACUCAGUCUUCAGAGAAUGGCCAUCAGGAUCCACAAGCAACAUCAAAAACAUUUGCCUCCUUAUCAUUAAGAAGAUCCCAAAUUGAGAGGCAACGAGAAAGUGUGGAUAUUCUUAUCAAAUACACCCACGAAGAUCUCGGAUUUAGCGAAGGAAAACCAGUUGCAGCAUUUACUAUAUACAGAUGCCUUAUUCAAUGGAAAUCCUUUGAAGCAGAAAGAACUAAUGUAUUUGAUCGUCUUAUUCAGAUUAUUGGUUCUGCUAUAGAGGACGAGGCGAACAACAAUCAAAUGACUUAUUGGCUGUCAAACACAUCUACAUUACUGUUUCUGCUUCAACAUACACUAAGAGCUACUACAGUUUCAACUCCACAUAAACCCCCCCAACCAACAUCUUUUUUUGGAAGGAUGUUCAGCAGGUCAUCUUUUUCUUCAAGCAGCCUCCCAGUUGGUGGACUUGAUGCAAUACGCCAGGUAGAAGCAAAGUAUCCUGCUUUGCUUUUCAAACAACAGCUCACUGCCUAUAUGGAGAAGAUUUAUGGAAUCAUUAGAGAUAACUUCAAAAAGGAACUGUCAUCGGCACUUUCUUCAUGUAUCCAGGCUCCUACAGAAUCAGGCGGAGAAAAUCCCUGGAAAAGCAUUACUGAGAAUCUUAAUAGAGUUCUCAAUACAAUGAAUGAAAAUUAUGUACCUGCAUUUCUUGUCCAGAAUAUGAUGGUCCAAAUUUUCUCUUAUCUCAAUGUACAAUUAUUUAACAGCAUCCUUCAACAAAAAGAACGCUGUACUUUCAGCACUGGGGAAUAUAUAAAAGCUGGGUUAGAUGAAUUAGAACUUUGGUGUGGAAAUGCACAGGAAGAGAUUGUAGGUUCCUGUUGGGAUGAAAUGAGACACAUAAAGGAGACUGCUGGGUUCUUGGUUAUGAAUGAUAAGGCGAAAGUUACCUAUGAUGAUCUUAUAACUGACUUGUGCCCAAUUCUGAGUAGUCAACAGCUGUACAGAUUGUGUACACUAUGCUCAGGUGAAAAUGACAAUACUGGAAGUGUAUCUGAAGAUGUAAUUUCCAGCAUCAAGAUUCUAAUAUCAAAGGAGGAGUCAGAUGAUGUUGAGAACGCGUUCAUGUUGGAGGACAAUCCAAGUAUCCCCUUCUCAGUUGAGGAGCUUAGCCAUUCCCUUAGAGAUAUGAAUUUUACUGGUGUAAAACCUGCUGCAAAAGUCGCCGAACAGAAAGGCUUUGAAUUUUUACGUGAAUAAGGCUGUGGUUUCCUCAGCUUGUCCCUAAGUUUCUUGCAGAUUAGGAUGAUUUUCAUGAAGAUUUCUUCUUCAGUAAAUGUCACUGUGUAAAUCCACACCUGAGCUUCUCACUGCAACGGCCCUUGUUAUAAAGUUGCUCCAAAUUCAUUAUAGAGUUUUAGGUUUAGUUAGAUGCAGGGAACAGGCUGAAUGGUUGCCACUCAAUAUCUUCUGUUCUAUUUAUGUCCUUAGAUGAAGCCUGCCUUUAGCCAGACAGAUUAUUUGUAAAGAAGUAGAAGUUUUGGGAGGGGGAGGGGGAGCCAUACUUAGUACUUACUGCUCCCUCAAUUCUUUUUGUACAAAAGGAAACAGCACUCAAUAAUAAUUUUUAAAAAGCCUCAAUAAAUUUCUUCCUUUUAU